AUAUAUAUAUAUAUAUAUAUAUAUAAACUUGAAAAUGGGGUUAUCCCUCAGAAUUAAUAAACAACAAAAUCAUAUGAAAAUGAAGGAUUUCUUUUGAUCAGAUCUGAUAAAAAAACAUUAGAUGUUUGAGGCAUUUAGCUUUUUUGCAUGGUUUCUCUAAAGCCAGCUUUGAAGACCGAACUGAAUUAUAGUAUUUUAAAUUGAUAUCUAUAUUUUCUUCUCUUUUUUCAUACUUGACCAACAAUUGGAUAUUACACCAUACAAUUAAUGAGAACACCCAGCGAAAGCAGAAUACUAAAAUACCACAACAAGAAGCAGAGAGGAGAGGCAGGGAAAGCCAAUUCGUAUCACAGAACACCGUCAAAUUAUGAAAAUAGUGCCACAUCAACACCAGCUCCAAUAUAUCCCCAAUAUUCAAUCACGGCGAGUUCACACGUUUUAGAACCAAGUGAGAGAGCGUAUUAUACAUGUCCUCUAGAUGAAGGAUAUGGAAAUGUCGAAGAAGUUUCUGAAAACUAUUUUGACACGAACGUUCUUAUUGAAAAUGAAGAAGAAGAAGAAGAAGAAGACGAAGAAAUUCUUAUUGCAACUCCUCUUGAAUUGAAUUAUUUCGAGGUUCGUGACAAUAAUAGCAAUGUCUUUAAUUCUUCUUCACAUAAAUCUUCUACUACAAAAUCAGAUUAUAUAUAUACAUAUUCUUUUAGUGAUUCUGACAGUGACUCGGAUACAGAGGAGUUAUUUGACUUAUUUUCUGACUCUUCAUACGACGAAGGAUACUCUUCCCUAAUUUCACCUAAGUCAUACGAUUUUAAACUAUCGCCAGGCGGAAAUUUGCCCAACUUCGAGGAAAUUGAGCCAGUUAAGAAGGAUAAUAAGUUGCUUAAACCUCCGGUAAAUCCGCUAGUUUCUAAAAUAACUCCAACAGCAACAGCAACUUAUUCGUCAGAAUCAAAUAAUAAAGAAUCAUCAUUUAUUUUUGACAAAUCGCAUUAUUCCGUUACAGAUAAAGACGACCAUAAGAAAGAGAAAAGUGAGAAGCCAGUAACGGCCUAUGGAAAAGAGACUGCAACAUUUUGUUCAACAAAUAUUCAGACAGCAUUAUUAAGUAAAAUAACACCAGAUAGAAAAAGUAAAAAAAUACAAAUCAGUCCUUUUGACGACUUUCUUAAUAUGCAAUCACAAAGGAAAACUGUACAUACAGAAGUACCUGGGUCUAAAUCAGGACAUGACAAAGAUAUAGACGUGGACCUUGAAAACUUUGAGACCGAGGUUGGUAAAGCGUUUGAAGAGUCAGUGAGUGAAGGAUCGUUAAUGCCAUUACUAAAACAGGAACUUCAAUGUAAAAUACAGGUCAGGCGUUUAUCAAUGGGACAAUCUGAGUUAGUGCUUGAACCUGAAGAGCCGAAGGUAUAUAAACUUACUGAAGAUGAAAUAAGAAAGAAACAGGCACGUCUUGAACAAAACCGUAGAUCGGCAAUGAAAUCUAGACAUAAAGCAAGGAAAUAUGAACAGAAUCUGUUAAAGGAAAUCUAUAAGGACAUGACAAAAUUCGUAAAACUGAGGAAAGAAGUUUCAAAAUUGCAGUCGUUGAGAGACGAGUAUAAAAAGAAAUUUGAUCUUCACAUGAUGUCUUGUACAGCAACAA